AUGAUAGGAGGCCGUGGAGAUCCCUAUGCUGUGCGUACGAUGUUCAGUUGGAUACUCUGCGGGCCGCUCAGUAAUGAUGGUAAUUACUCAGCCUCGAUCAACUUCAUCUCGCGGCCAGGUAAUCCCAUAGGAGACGACCUGGAGCGGCUUUACAAUCACGCGUUCGGCGACAUAGCAGACGACCGGGUAUCUAUGUCGAGGGAAGACCAAGCAGCCCUGGCUGUCGUCACCGAAACGACACGACACAACGGAACCCAGUUUGAAGUGCCGUUACCCUGGCAAACGGGAUCCAACCGACUGCCAGGCAAUCGAGAAAUAGCACUCCAUAGGCUCAACUACCUGGAAGGUAGAUUAAAGAGGAACGCACAGUUGAAGGAAGCCUACUGUAACGCCAUGAAACGCAAUCUAGAGUUGGGAUAUAUCGAACACGCAAUGGGAGGAAUCGAGAAGGAGCAACCAUUGUGGCACCUUCCGCACCACCCUGUCAUUAACCCCAAGAAGCCCCAGAAGAUCCGGGUUGUCUUCGAUUGUGCUGCCAAGUGUGCCGGGAUUACUCUGAAUGACCGUCUAUUACAAGGCUCAGACCUGACUAUUCCGCAGGUUGGAGUGCUGUGCGGAUUCCGGCUGGGGUCAGUUGCAGUAGCGGCUGAUAUCGAGGAGGUGUUCAUGCAAGUCAAAGACCCGAAGGGCCCACGGAUGCUCUACAGUUGUGGUGGUGUCCGGAUGGAGACCUAG